GCGACGCAGACGCAUUAAUUUUCUGAGGAUCGCGAUUUACACGUCUGGCACGUGGUUCCUCGUAUAAAACACAAAAAUGGCGGCGGUUGCCGAACAAUCACGAGUUAAACUCUUUAAACUCGGUUAAAUCUUGCCGAAUCCGACUAUCUUAUGACUUUUCCUCGAAAAUUUAAAAAACAUAUUCCUUUCGAAGAUCGACAAUCGUUAUCCGCGAAGACGAUGUCCACGUCGAGGCGUCAGCGGCCAAGCCGGCUCGGCGCCAAAAUCAGCUCACCAGUCGCGCUUUCCGGUCGGUGUUUUAUAAAUACUGCAGACAGUCGAAGUGUGCAGCGAACACGGGAGUCGUUGUAAAAUCACGAAAGAUCUCGGCAGACACGGUUUUACAGCUGCAUGGACGAGUCGAAUUCGAUCGUGGAGAAAAACCAAAAUAUAUUCGUGGCGUCUCUAUUGUGAUUUUUUUGUGUGAAGUUGACGGUGGGGAAGUGUAUACAUGAUUAAGUGGUGUUAGUGACAUUUUCGUGAAUUAAUUGUAGCCCGGGUUGGCUGAGCGAAUUCUUGGAACCAAGUGCCAAACGUACACGAAUUAGCGCUGGUGUGCGCUAACGGAAGUUGGGAAAGAAACAUUUUGUAAAGCGUAUUCGUUUGAAGAAAGUGAUAAGUCUCGUCUGUGUUUCGGUGAAGUGCGAUAAGAAUUGAAGGAGUGACUGUUUAACCGACAAAUUGUGAUUUUCCGAAGAAGGAUUGAUUAUUGUCCCGUGAAAUUUUCUUAGACACAAAAUGAUUCAAAGUUGAAUCGACAACGCGAGGGCGUGGAAAAUAAAAGUGGAGGAUCCUUCAUCGCGAAAUGACAGAAUGCGAGGCUCAUGAUCUCUUCGUCGAUCAUUGGGGACAGUUAAACGAGAAUUUUGGCAUCAAUUCGAGCCCGUGGCAAGUGAUCGACGACCGUCCGUCAGAAUGAGCUUAAUGAAGAAGGCUAUCGGCGGCUCCAUUCACAGGAUACGAGAGUUCGAGCUCGAGAAGGUGAACUUGAUCGACGAGUUCGAUAUCCUGCAAAUCGUGGGCGAAGGAUGGUUCGGCAAAAUCCUGCUGACCGAGCAUCGAAGCACCCAGACCGAGAUGGUGCUCAAGGCUCUGCCCAAGGCGUACACCGGCAUCUCGGACUUCUUUCGCGAGUUCCAUUACGGUCUACACCUGGCCGCGCACAGGAACAUCAUAACCACCUACGACGUGGCCUUCGAGACUGCUGGCUUCUACGUUUUCAGUCAGGAAUACGCGCCGCUCGGAGAUCUAACGUCCAACGUGACUGAGACGGGGUUAGGCGAGCUUCACGCGAAGAGGGUGGCAAGGCAAUUGGCGGCUGCUGUGCAUCAUAUUCACAGCCGAGAAUUGGUGCACCGUGACAUCAAACUCGACAACAUUCUCGUGUUCAGAAGUGACUUCUCGCGGAUCAAAUUAUGCGAUUUUGGAGAAACAAGACGAGUGAACACUGUGGUGCGGCGACACAACGAGUGGCUCCCAUAUUCGCCGCCCGAGGUAUUGCAGAUCGACACUGACGAAACGUACAAAGCUCUCACGUCGCACGACGUCUGGCAAUUCGGCAUUGUCCUAUUUGUCUGUCUGACCGGAUGUUUGCCAUGGCAGAAGGCGGCGUUGGACGAUCCGCGUUACACCAGAUAUCAAAACUGGCACAACGCGACGCUCAACAUAGCCAAGAAACCGAAAUUAUUUCAGUUGAUCAGCUCACGGGCGCAGAGAAUGUUCAAGCGAUUGCUGGAUCCCAAGGCCGAGAAGCGACCCGUGAGCGUCUUGGAGGUAAAUAAAUACUUGGAGGACAGGUGGCUAGCGAAACUCGGUGCCGAGAAGGCGAUGAACGGUGGCGCCGACGAAAGGGACGAGCUAUGUCCCUCCAUGUACAGUUUCCACAGCUCUCUCGAGGAGAAGAAUCAACUGCUUCACACUCUGACCACGUACGGGAUCGAAACAACCGUGGACAGAGCCAAGAAGAAGGACCGAAUCAGGGAAUGGAUUCAAGCGAGCGCGAUAGUCGAGGAGUACGAGGAGGACGAGUCGGAUCUAAACGAGGAUAUCCGCGUUGUCUACGAGGACGAAGACGAGGAGCCCAGCUCGAUGAAGGGCAGACAUUUCCCCGAAACUCGUCCAGUCGUCAAGAACGAAGAGGCCAAGAGGCACAAAAAUCGAACGCAUCACGGGUCAUCGGCCAGAAAAAGGCAGCCUAUCAAAAGACAGCCUACCGAACGAAAGAUCCCAUUUGCCCCUCAAGUAGCCGAGGAACGAGAAACCGUAGCCAGAUUCGCCAGUUUCCCCAACGGCGAUCCCAAUUUGGCACUUCUCAAGAAUGGAACGAACAACGACACGACGCCUCCUCUAUCUCUAAAAACCGAGCCCAAUAUGGAAACCAAUCAGAAACCAUUGGUGAACGGUCAAAUGAUCAACAAUUCACCGAUGAACAGUCUGAACGUUCAAGACGAAUCCGUUCUACCCAACAGCGGAGGAAAUGGUUUCAAGCCUAAUUUGCAAGAGGCGAUACCAAAACCCGUGUCCUCGACCCAAAAUUUCCAGGAUCACCGAAGUGCCAUCACUCCAGUGAUCGAUAAUACGAAAAGUCCAGAGAUCCCGAAUAGAAAGCAUCGAUCGCAAACCGCCCCGUUCCCGGCCUCGCCGGUGUUGAACGGAAGUGGAGGAUCGGAGUCCUCCUCAGCCAGAAGAAGCCAGUCGGCCGUGGUGCUGGCCAAUUCGACGCAACAACCAGACAGAUCGAAAAUGGUGAUCGGCCGACCUGUGGAGAGGUCAGCGAUGCCGAUAACGAACGGCCAAUCAUCAUCGGUGGCUCGAGGCGAGAGCUCGACCCCGAGAGCCGAGCAUCGAUCCGCCACGCAAUCGAUGUCUCGAGUAGAAAACGCGGUGAUGCUGCCGGUGGCUGCUCGCCUCGAGAAUCAAUCGAACGCGAUGCCGGCCAGAAACGAGAAUCCGCUCACCAUGUCGGCCGCCUCUCACCUGGUCAUGCAGAGCUUCAACGCGAUGCAAGGCAAUCAGGUGGAUAAUCCAGGCUCGAAUUUGCGAAACUCGCCUAAGAACAGCCCCUCCUCCACCCCCAACAAGAUCCUCACGCCUAAGAACAGCCCGACCACCACUCCUGCGAGGACGUGUACGCCACCUAGGCACAAGGGGAGCCACAGGGGGGUCGAGGAGAGCGUCGUUUACUAUGGGAAGGACCCGUUCGAGCAUUAUGGGAUCGCGCAGGGGGCGAUUCUGAGGGACAGCGCUCGACGAGGCUCGAUGGAGAGCGGGAACAGAUCUGUUAGUAAUUGAGGAUCGAUGUUUGAUUUCGGUUUCGCGUGACACCGAG